GAAACUGCAAGAAACGAGAAAGAGGGCGAAUGUGACAUCGCAUUAAACGUAGAUACAGUUGAUGCAAUGGAAUCUCUGACUUCCCCACCAAUUAGAUCAGACUUAAGCAGCUCUGCAUCAAGUUCGGCGCAAAUGUCAAAUUGCUGCAGAAGAAAUACCUCAAAGAAAAAAAGACUGUCAUCUUCGGUGGAAACUGAAUUUCACGAAAGUGUUUUGGCUGCCUUACGUGAACCUACAGAACCUGUUAAACAAAACGACGGUGUCGACGGGUUUACCACGUUACUUGGCGAAGGACUGAGGAAACUGCCAUAUUCGAGGCGAGCCAGACUCCAAAUAAAAUUUUUAACUAUGCUUGCCGAUGAGACAGAACUACUCGAAGAAGAAACUAAUCAGUUCCAGUGACCGAUGAAAUAUACUUCUUUUAUGUACAUGCAAUAAUAAAAAUAAAUUAUUAGGUAAA